UGUGUCCUCUCACCACUUCUUCAUGUUUGGCGCCCUUUGUUCCAACGCCACGAAUCUAAUUCCUCCCCCUUCUUCUUCUUCUUCUUCUUCUUCUUCUUCUUCACACACCUCUCAAUCUCCACAACUCAAUAGCUCAAAUUGAUUCUGUGAUUCUCUUCUCGAGUAGUAAUUCACAACUUACUAGUUUCUGUUUUUACGCACAGAAAGAGAGAGAGAUAGAGAGAGAUAAUUAGGUUUUGGGAAUGGUGGGCACAACAAGACAAGGCAUUCCUUCUUGGAUAAGCGCCGCAGCAUCGCGAGGAGUUGAACUCGACGCAAACCUAACCACCUCUGUAUCCGAUAACAUGGCGAGAUCAUCAGACGAAGAAAUCGAAGAACGAUCUUCGCUCCAAUCUCAAUCUCAUCACCAUUCCAAAACCCUAUCGGAUUUCAAUUUAGGUUUUGCGGAGAGGGCUUUCUCCGCCGCCGGUGCCGCCGUCCUCUCGGCCGUCCUCGUUAACCCUCUCGAUGUCGCCAAGACAAGGUUGCAAGCACAGGCUGCUGGUGUCCCUUAUGAUGGUAUUUGCAAUAUGGCAUGUUUUGAAACAAACACGAUGCUUCCAGAUAUGAGGUGUCCUCCACCCUGCACUCAUGCAGUUCUUGAUGCUGAAACAGCAUGUCCUCGGGAUUGCUCUCGGUAUAAAGGCACAUUGGAUGUCUUCUACAAAGUUAUACGUCAGGAAGGAUUUGCAAGACUUUGGAGAGGCACAAAUGCAAGUUUAGCAUUGGCUGUGCCAACUGUGGGGAUCUACUUGCCUUGUUAUGACAUUUUCCGCAAUUAUAUGGAAGAAUUCACAUCACAGAAUGCCCCAAGCCUUACGCCCUAUGUCCCCUUAGUUGCUGGCUCAGUGGCACGCUCAUUAGCUUGUGUCACUUGUUACCCUGUUGAACUUGCAAGAACUCGUAUGCAGGCAUUCAAAGAAGCUCAAGGUGGUGUGAAGCCUUCAGGAGUUUUUAAGACAUUGUCUGGGAUCGUCUCCCCAGUUGGGAGCAGAAACAGCCUUCAAAACAUGCAAAGCUACCGCCUCUUGUGGACAGGCCUUGGAGCACAACUUGCACGUGACGUUCCUUUCUCUGCCAUCUGCUGGUCAACCCUUGAGCCUAUCAGGAGAAGAAUAUUUGGUCUAAUGGGUGAUGAAAUCAGUGCAGCCAAUAUCCUGGGGGCAAACUUCUGUGCUGGAUUUUUUGCUGGAAGCCUUGCAGCUGCUGCUACAUGUCCCUUAGAUGUUGCAAAAACUCGGCGGCAGAUUGAGAACGAUCCAACCCGAGCAUUGAAGAUGACCACAAAACAAACAUUGCUCGAAAUCUGGAGGGAUGGAGGGAUGAAGGGGCUGUUUACAGGAGUUGGUCCUCGUGUUGCUCGUGCUGGCCCGUCGGUUGGAAUUGUGGUUACCUUUUAUGAAGUUGUCAAGUAUGCUUUACAUCAAAGACACUUAAACCAGUGAACACAACUAGAACAAGAUUCUUUUUAUUGAGAACAUCUUUCUUUGCUUGCCAUUGGCGUAAAAGAACUUUGGCAAAAAGCAUGGUUUCGAUACUAAUUUUAGCAAUUGAAAAGGAAGGUGAUUCCACAUUGAGUGGAGAUGAAGCAGAGAAUCUAGUUUCUGCUGGUAUCCUUUCUUCAUUGCCAUGCAGUUUGUAUAUUUUCAGCUGCUGGGGAAAAAAAAAUAAGAAAAUAAAAAUUUUGUUAUUUAUUUAUUUAUGGUUAAAAAGUAAGCCGGUUGCAUGUGCGCUCCGUGAUUUUGAGAACGAAGUCAUUUCCAGAAUUUAGCAUUGUGAUGCAUAAAUGUGAUGAAAUUACUUGUACAUUAAUCAUUCAUAAAAACUGUGGAAUAACAGGGCAACAAUUUUAAUGCUUGGCAUGCA